ACUCAACUCAGCUUACUGGGGCAGUUUGGCUUUUAGCCUCGAACAGAGCUUUGAGGCCGUCAGUCUCGUCCCAGCCAAAAACAUCAGCAGGAGCGAGAACACACUUCUUGUGAAAGACCUCGUGGGGUGAAUUUUUGCCAGAGUGGUGGUGUAACCAGAAUGGGAUUCUCCCCAGCUUGCGGGCUAGCGGCGCCAUGCUGGAUGUGGUGGACAGCUGCUCCAUGCUCUACCGGCUGCAGAUGGAAGGGGUGUCUGUGGGUGAGCGGUGGAAGGAUGUCCUAUCCGUGACCCAGAAACACAGCCAAGACCAUGUCCUGCUGUUCAACGACGUGCACUUCCUGAUGGCGUCCCUGGGAGCUCGGGACUCCAGAACCACGGAGGAGCUGCUGACCACCUUGCAGGACGCCAGCGAGUCCCCGGGGGAGAACUGCCAGCAUCUCCUGGCCCGCGACGUGGGGCUGCCCCUGUGCCAGGCCCUGGUGGAGGCCGAGAAUGGGAACCCUGAUCGCGCCGUGGAACUGCUCCUGCCCAUCCGCUACCGGGUCGUCCAGAUUGGAGGCAGCAACGCCCAGAGAGACGUCUUCAACCAGUUACUGAUUCAUGUGGCCUUAAACUGCACGUCCAGCACCUACAAGAACGUGGCCCGGAGUCUUCUGAUGGAGCGUGACGCCUUGAAGCCCAACUCGCCCCUGACUGAGCGGCUCAUCCGAAAGGCAGCCUCCGUCCACCUCCUGCAGUGAGCCAGGCCUGCUGCCUCCCAGCCCUCAGAUCCGCAGGCGUAGGAGACGAGCCCGUUUGCUAGGCCUGUGAGGGGUAGUCUGCAGAAAGCCCGGUAACCAGCAGCGUUACAGGAAGAGGGGAGAGCAAUCAAUUGUAAAUGUGAUUCAGAACCUUGUUAAGAGCCAAGGUGCAGUUCUAAGCAGUCAGAGGCAACGCGGGUGCUGCUGUCACCACUGCCUUGUAAUUGUAUUUUCCCAGGGGACUCUUACCCUGGGCUUUCAAGGGUUGAGA